CUCUCGCAAAGCUGAUCGACACUCUCUCUCUCUCUCUGUACGAGCACACCCCUUAUCAAGGUUUUCAGGAGAAGUAAGCGAGACGCCGACAUGAUCGGUAGGCUAGCACUGCUGUCCGUGCUGGCCGUCGCCUUGGUCGCGGGCCAGGCGUACAAGCCCGACUAUUACAAUGAAGUCACGGCCGACAAGGACUUUCUGCUGAAGCAGAAACGAGUCUACGAGAUCCUCUACCACCUGACGCAGCCCGAGAUCAAGGCCGACCUCUACAAGGAGGGCCAGGAGUACAAGAUCGAGAUGGACGGCUACACCAACAAGGAAGCAGUCACGGAGUUCCUGCACCGCCUGGAGCACGGCUACCUGCACCACGACGCUGUCUACUCGAUCUACUACCCGAGGAACGUAGAUGAGACUCGCGCCGUCUUCAGGAUCCUGUUCUACGCCAAGGACUUCGACACCUUCUACAAGACCGCCCUGUUCUGCCGUAACAGGCUCAACCACCAGAUGUUCGGCUACGCCUUCUAUCUCGCCGUGAUCCACAGGCCCGACACCAAGUACAUCAAGCUGCCGCCGCUCUACGAGAUAGCGCCCCACUACUUCUACAACAGCGAGCUCUUCGAGAAGGCGCACCACGUCAAGGCGUUCGGCAAGCUGGAGCAAAAGCACAGCGCUGGCUACGACACCUACAUCCUCCCCUACAACUACUCGAACUUCUACCUGAACGACGAGUACGACUACGAGCAGCGUCUGAACUACUUCACCGAGGACAUCGGUCUGAACAACUACUACUUCUUCUUCCGCAACCAGUUCCCCUGGUUCCUAAAAAGCGAGGAGAUCGGCGCACCCAAGAGCUACAGAGGAGAGGAGUACUUUUACGGACACAAGCAGCUCUUCAACCGCUACUACCUGGAGCGCCUGUCCAACGAUUUGGGCAAGGUCGAGGACUUUGACUGGGACAGGCCUUUCUACCCAGGAUUCUGGCCGUCCCUGAAAUUCCCCAACGGACUCCAGUUCCCCUCCAGAAACGGCAACAGCUACUUCCCCAACUACAAGUUCCACAAGAUUCACGAAUGCGAGGAGUACGAGACCAGAAUCAGCCAAGCUGUCGACGCAGGCAUCAUCUUCAGCACGGACAGCAAGUACGCCAAGAUCUACACGCCCGAGGGUCUGAACAUCCUCGGCAACAUGAUCGAGGGUAACGCCGACUCGAUGAACGAGCAGUACUACGGCAACAUCGACAUGCUCAUGCGCAACAUCCUUGGCUUCAACAUUCCCCCCCUGACUCCUGAGAAGCUGCAACCCAGCGCUCUCGAGCACUACGCCACCAGCAUGAGGGACCCGGCCUUCUGGAGAAUGUACAAGAGGAUCUUCCAUCACUACUCCAAAUACAACCUGAAUCAGAAGUCGUACAAACCCGAGGAAAUCCAGUAUCCCGAACUGAAGAUCGAGUCCGUGGAGGUGGACAAAUUGCAGACGUACUUCGACUACUUCGACGCCACCAUCAGCAACGGUUUGGCCGUGGAGAGCUACGCCGAGGCCGAGAAAUACUUGAUCCAGGUCCGUCAGUACCGCCUGAACCACAAGCCCUUCAACGUCAAGAUCAACAUCAAGGCCGAGAAGCCGACCAAGGCCGCCAUCAGGAUCUUCCUCGGGCCCAAGUACAACGUCCACAUGAAGGAAAUCGACUUCCAGGAACACUACCACGAGUUUUACGAGAUGGAGAACUUCAUCUACGACCUUGCCGCGGGAGAGAACAAGAUCCAGCGCAACUGUCACGACUUCUUCUUCGUGGACCACGAGUACGAGCCGAGCGAGGUCUUCUACAAGAAGCUCUCCAAGGCCAUCGAGGGCGCCGAGGAGCUGAAAUACGAGAAGCGCCUCAUGGGCUUCCCAGACCGCCUCCUUCUGCCCAAGGGUAAGCCCGAGGGUAUGCCCUUCCAGAUGUUCAUCUUCGUUUCCCCCAUACAAGGCGAGCCGAUGGCCUACACCUCGCGCGUCUUCGGAGACUCGCUGAUGGACAACAGGCCGGCCGGCUAUCCUCUCAACAGACCCAUCCAGAAAUUCGACUUCCACGGACCCAACUUCUUCUUCAAGGACGUUCUCAUCUACCACAAGCAGGAGCACGACCUGAACAUCAUGUUCUAAGCUGCGUAUAGUUUGUAAGAUUCGCGAAUACGACCGUCGAGUGUGAGACCAGGAGAGAGAGAGACGAAGUUUAUCACAGGCUGAUGUAUGUUUUUUAUUGUAAACGACUUGACUCUUUUUUAAUAAACGACUUUUUGUUCUGUUUUCUA